AUGCCCUUUCUUUGUAACGUUUUCUUCUUCUUUUUUUCUCAAAUCGAGUAUGUGUUCCCUUAUUCUUGUCCACGUGAUUUUUUUCAUUUCCACACACACACAUUCUCUCUCUCUCUCUCUCUCUCUCUCGUGCCUCUUUGUUAUUUUUUCCCUUUUUUUAAUUCUCUCUUACUCUCCCACAAUCUAAUAAUUUCUUUUCGUUCUCUUUUCUUUGUUCAUUGUUAUAUUUUAGUCCAUUUUCCUUCUAUGUUCUGUCUACCGAAUUUGUUUAUUUCUUUGUCUUUUUCUUCUCCCCUUCUCUUCUUUUUUUUUUCUCUCUCUAUCUCCCCCCCGCCGCCUUUCAAAAAUAUUUAUCUGGACAUUUCCUCCACUGUCCUUUUUGCCAUGGACUUCCAAUACCUCCCCUAUUCUCAAUUUCAUUUCCCUUUAUUCAUUUAUUCUCCAGUUUCGUUCCCUAAUUCUCUCUUUUUCUCUCAUGAAUAUUUUGCUCUCUCUCUCUCUCUCUCUCUCUCUCUCUCUCUGUUAUACUCUCUUUUCUUACUCUCCCCCCUCUCUCUCUCCUUCUCUCUCUUCUCUCUCUCUCUCUCUCUCUCUCUCUCUCUCUCUCUCUCUCUCUCUCUCUCUCUCUACGCUGUCUGGCCCCACUUAUAA